UUCUACAAGUAACAGGCAAAGUGUUAUAAUAAUUGACAUUUGAACAAAAAAAAAAAAAAAAAAAAAAAAAACGUGACAUAUUGACAAGUGACAAUAAAACAGAAGUGCGCUUUCAAAAAUAUCAAGCAUUUUUGCAGAAAAAUAUAUAUUAUUAACAAAAUAUUUAUAGAGCAACUAGAAAAAUGUUAUCCCUAAAAUUGAAUAAAUUAUGUGCAGCUGUCUUGCUGGUCGUGCUGGUGUUAUUGUGUUGUAAAUCGGAAUCGACGGAAGCGGGCCGUGUUAUAUUUUACGCGCCACGAUCAAAUUUAAUCUAUACGGGACAGAUAUUGUCAACGCAGCCGAAAAAGGAACCUUGCCCCAAAUGUCAGAUGAGAGAUCACCGAGGUCGUUGUCGUCGCAUUAUAACAUUUAAUGCAGGCGAACCAUGUUAACUGCAGUUAUUUCUGAACAAAACAAACACGACAUUUGGUUUGGAUAGACAUUCCAAGAAUCUCUUAAGACUGCUGACGUUGUUUUCUUACUACUAAACGCUUGCCAUAAAAAAGUAUUCCUAGAAUUAUUUAAUUUAUUUAAUAUAAGUUAUAUAUAAGUUAAUGUUAGAAGUUAAAGUUUAUUUCACACUGCUAUGGUGUUUCUUUAUUUUGUUACUAACAUUUAUGUUGCGGUGCUAUGCACCUCUCUUGUUGGAUUUACAAUUAUGAAUUGCUUCAACUUAAAACUAAUAUUAUACUGCAGCCUGGUCGUGCUCGUUAUUACGCUGAGUCAUCACUUGCGGUGCGCUGGUAUUAGUGCGCGUGUUUGUGGCGGAUGACUGCCCUGGUGUCAUAUUCCUGUUGAUUUGUCGGACUGCUUGCGCAGCAUAAUGAUGGGAAUGUUUACUAGUUGGUUUGCAUAUUUAGUUUGAUGUU